AUGUCCCAUCAAAUCAAGCCAAUUAAAAUUUACGGUCAGGCACCAAGCCCAAAUCCCUUCAAAGUCAUCAUUCUCCUAAAAGAGCUUGGCCUUCCCUAUGAAGAGGUCCCAGUGCCUUACUCGGAGAUCAAGAAGCCUGAUUACGUCGCUCUGAACCCCAAUGGACGGCUGCCCACCAUCUACGAUCCCAAUAGUGACUUAACUCUAUGGGAGUCAGGGGCCAUUAUCGAAUACCUCACUGAGCGAUACGAUACCGAGAACCGUCUCAGCUUCCCGGCUGGCACCCCGGAAUACUACCAUGCCAAGCAGUGGCUGUCAUAUCAAAUGUCUGGACAAGGACCGUAUUACGGACAGUUGGCCUGGUUCGUCAAAUUCCAUGACGAAAAGAUCCCCAGUGCGAUUGCCCGAUACGCGAAUGAAAUCAAUCGUGUAACGGGUGUCUUGGACAGUUAUUUGGCCAAGCAGAAGGAGGAAUAUGCCGAUAGUUUGGGAGAUGGGCCAUGGCUGGUUGGCGGCAAGUUGACUUAUGUUGAUCUUGCUUGGCUCCCAUGGCAAAGACUAGCAGAUAUGUUUACCACCAAGGAACAGUAUGACGACGAGAAAUAUCCACAUGCCAAAGAGUGGUAUACCAAAUUGUUAAAUCGCAAGUCCGUUACUGAUGCUAUUAAUGAGACGCCCGCUCAUUAA